GUCAUUGAUACAGUCGUCUACGAGCUGUGGGACGCGGUGAAACGUAGGUGUUGUGCGUGUCUUGUGGGCCGCCUAGGCCAAAAAUGGCGGAACGGACGAAGGUGACGGCUCCGGCCACCCGGCCCGUUCCCAUGAAGCUGUUCGCCACCUGGGAAGUGGAUCGUACGCCCCCAAAUUGCAUACCCAGGCUGUGUUCCUUGACAUUAACUCGUUUAGUAAUACUCCGACCGCUCGGCUCAGAUCUAGCGUCCAUCAGCAUCGCAGUGAAGAUGCAGAGCUCCAAGAGAACCUUACGAUCCAACGAGAUGGCCAUACCGACCGGUGGCAUGCUCGACACGGAGCUUGAAUUGCAGUUUGCACUUCAAUAUCCGCAUUUUCUCAAGAGAGAUGGAAACAAACUUCUGAUAUUGCUACAGAGGCGAAAGCGAUACAAGAACCGCACGAUGCUCGGCUAUAAAACCCUCGCGGAGGGAAUCAUUAACAUGGCACAGGUGCUGCAAAAGCAAAUGGAUCUCGAAUUAGAACUCAUAUCGGACAAGGCAGAGAAAUACGGCGGACACUCUGUUCCAUUGGCGCGUGUGAGUGUUGUCGCUCUGAGCUCCCAGCCUGUCGACCACGACAAAAGACUGAUAAACGAUCCCAACGAGAGGCUCUGUCCGGAAUUCAGUGACGAAGAGGAGGAAUUUAGUUCGGAGGGUGAGGCAGAGGGCAGCGAUAGCGAGCCUACGCUGGAGGUGCACAGGCGGAAGAGUCGAGGAAAGAUGCCGACCAAUGCUAGGCAAAGGAAUUUAAAGCAAAAAUUUAUAGCUCUGCUAAAGCGAUUUAGGGUGUCUGAGGAGUUGGAGCACGAUCAAGAAGAAAUCGGGCAAAAGCUCUCAGGCGGCGAUAUGGAAAUAGAAGAAUUGUUCGACGAAUUAGAAGACUUAUCGGACAGUGGACCAGAAUUGGAUACCAUGUCUGUUAGUAGCACGCCGAAGCCAUCGCUAAGACCUUUUUUCAGCUCUAGUCGAUCCCUUCUUGCACCACCACACUCCGUAGUAACCAGCGAGGAUAAUGGGACUGUCUCGACGGCAACCGCGUGUCAACCACCCGCGGGACAGCCUGCGAAAGAGAAACACCGUAUCGGACACACAACUCCGGAACGUGGAGUGGACAGACAAAGCGAUGAUAGUUCUCGAAGAGCUGACAGCGACUCUCACCCUGAAAAUUGGACGGAUCACGAAGCGAACGACCCACCGAACUACUUGGCGGGUUCGCCGCCAAAGUCAGAACAGCCUAACAAGAGCGAGGGUUCCGAGAGGAAAACGCGGCUCUUUGCGCGCGAUAGAGGGACGCCUGGCAGCAACAAAUCUAAGAAGCACAGUCUGAGUGUCGAUUUGAAGCCCUCGAGCGAUUUAAACAGCACAGAGCCGAGGAAAGCUUUAGUGGAGCAGCUUAGUCGAGUAUUACCGGACGAUAGUUUGCCCGAGGCUGUGUCGCUCGUAUCGAUAGCAGAUCCCGGUGGCGCGGUUCUUGCCGCAAGACUUCAAGAAAGAAACCAUAAAGUCCUUACGACUGCAUCACCGGCUGAUAUCCGUGCAACGUUCACAUGCUUGGUCACGCGGAUACAAAAAUUUUGCAACAGUUCAGCAAAACCACCGGCGCCUAUAAAAGUGGUUAUCGCCGGCGGAGAUAGUUUCAUAAACACCGUUCUCCGUCACUAUGUCGAUUUGCUGAGCUUUAGACCGCCGGAUUGGCAGAACUACAUGAAAUUCUUGGUGGUGCCGCUCGGCUCGAACACACUGACGAAAUACUUCGGCUCCAUCGACGCCAAAUAUUCGAUGCUCUUCGGAGACGAGUGGAAGGAGCUUCUGGAGAGGGAAGGCGGGGGAUCGAGCGAAGGCGCGGCGCGGGUAUCGGAAUAUCUGGCUAUGGCGAACACGGUUUUACUGCUACCGAUAGCGGAAGCUAUGGUUACAUACAGGGAAACGGACGAUAGCAGCCAAAUCUUUAUCCCCUUCAUAAAUGACGUUCGCGUAGGUUGCCCGGACAGCAGUUCUUCCGCGUCAGUCGAUCUGGAGGAGAGUAAUAUUAGCAUGUCCGGUUCGCCGCCCUCCUUACCCCCUCCGACGUUGCCAGUGCCGCCUCCCGGAAAGUUGACACCACCUAGCAGUCCCAACGUGGGCCAGCCGAUGAGAGAAGGAUGGGAACCGGUGGAGCUUCAGCUAGAUUAUUGGAGCAAACAAACACAAGGUGAAAAAGGAAAGAGCACGUUGCGCCAAGCUUUCCGAGCGUUGCAUGUGCAAAGACUUCCCGCGUUGGGCGAGACUCCAGGACACCACUUGUCUAUGAAUUACACGACAAAAGAGAAAAAGCAAAAGAUAAUGAGAUUAGGCAAAAAGAAGGAAAAGGAGAAAGAAAACGAGCCAAAAAGUCAGACUGUGGAUGGCGUGACGCGUCUUAUAUGUUCUGCGAAAACUCACAACAUUCCAUUAAGAGUGAGCAUUGAUGGUACUGAAUGGUAUGGUGUAAAAUUCUUCCAACUAUCGGCGCAAUGGCAGACGCAAAUCAAGACGUUUCCAAUAGCAUUAUUGGAUUACAAUCCGCAACAACAGAGUUCGACUAUUACAUAAAUCUAGACUCUCAACACGAUAAAAGUUCUGGCGAAUUACUUACGUACUCUGUAUCAUUGUCGAUGAUUUUACUAAUGUUUGACUCAUUUUAUACGCAAACCCAAUAACCAUCAGCUUCUUAAGACUGCCCAGUAAGAAUUAGAGUCUAGCGGAUGUUAUGAAUUCCGAUGUUCAAGGUGUACAUUACAUUCAUUCCAUUAUUUCGUAAUAGCAAUAGAAAUAUGUUUAAACGCUCGAGAUAUUUUCUAGAUAUGUUAUACAAAAUGUAUAGUUAUGUGUGAUAAGCACAUAUAUCCAUACCACUUAAAAUUAUGUUGCGUAAUACAAUUUGUAUGCAAUUUUUUUAGAUUUCUUGAUAAAUAUAUAAUUUCAUCGUGAGAUUAUAUACAAAUUAUAGAUAUUCACACAUUCGUUGACAUAUCUCAAACAGUUUCAUUGAAUGGUAUGGAGAUGUUGGUUAUGGGAAUGCUAUUACCGAAAUUUUUUCACUCACGACGUAUUCAUGCGAUAAUACGCUCUAAUUUAAUACUGAAAUAUUUUUAAAUAAUUGAUAUUUAUCAAUAUUUAAGUAAAAUUGAGUUUUAUUUCUUU